CUCCAACACGGGGGUUUCCCUUCAGGCCGCCCUAUAUAUAUAAAAAAUCACUAUCUCCAUAAGCCAAGGUAUUAAAACAAGAAUUUCCACCGCGAAGGAUCAGUAACUCAAGAACGAGCGCGCUGCCAAGAUGCUUGACCUGAAAAUUUUACGGCUAUCCUCGAUAGUUUUAAUCAGUUUGAGUAGCUGUUUAUGUGCCUCUGCGCCUCCAAACGUCCAAGUGCUAAGCCCUAGCGAAUUCGACGUGAUCCUAGCGCCAGACGAGAAAGGGACCCUACUGGACGUUCGUGUAAAUAUAAACAAACGGUUCGGUUCUGGAGGACCGGAGUACCAGAAGAAGAAUGUCGCUGGUCGAGUUAUACGCUUCUCUGAAAGAAGUUUGAAUUUGAAAAGGGGAGAUGUGAUUUAUUAUUCCAUGACCUUUGAUGAUGGUGAUCAGGGGUUGCAUGGAGAGGAUGGAAACUACAUUUUCGAUGGAGUAUAUAAACGUCGAGACAGGCGCAGGAGAGAAGUGUACGAACCAAGCUCAGAAGAAAGUUCCGAAAACGUAAACCAAGACACUGACCCUAAGCAGGGCCGCUUCCUCCGACACGGGCCCCCUCGCGGUCAUUUCGGACACCAUCCACCUCCCCACCACCACUUUGGCCCCCGUCAAUUCUUCCCCCCACCAUUCGGAGUCCCGCACCACCCCCCUCCAUACCCCGGACAUGAUCCUUGGAAGGACCACGGCUACGGCCACAAGGACAAAUUUGGGAAUAAUGGCCCUUGGGACCACGAUGAAGACGAUUGCGACUCGUUCGGGCAUAAACCCAAGUAUCCCGGAGGCGAGCAACGUCCUGACGACAGAAAACCUUGGCGAAAACCUGGAGAGAGUCCUUUUCCCGACAGUAACGAUGACAAUAGCGGUUCUGGUAAGCCUUCUGGCGAGAAACCAAGUAAAGGGGCAGGUUCAGGAACAACGACUGAAAAUACUAAUGUAGAAGUUUUCACAACCAGUCAAACAAGUACUACAUCUAGAACAACAACAGUGCCAGAUAUCGACAUCAGAUUUCGAAUGCCGGAAGACAGCUAGUGAACAUUUAUGAUAAGACAUAUUUUUGUAGUUAUUUAUUGCUAUUAAAUAUUAAAUAUAUUUA